ACUGGGGGGCUAUUCUUAGGCUGUCUGUCCAGGCCAUCCGUGCAGGCAAGAGCUCUUCAUCCUUCCUGUUCCUAGCACUUUUUCCACGAAAUAUUCAGGGAGCUUUUGGGGCGACCCGUGGGCUACCAGAGGGGUGGGGUUGAGCUUCAGGCCGUGUGUCUAUAGUGUGCAUUGUGUGCAGGUGGGAAAGGGAGAUAGUGUGCUGGUUCGUGCAGGGCCCGCGGCGGCCAUCGUCUGACUGACUGCGUGUUGUUGAUCGUUUGCAGAGGCUCCUCGGCAGCCCCCACCCGUCUGCAGGGAGAGGCGUGACAGGAGAACGUCCCGCGGAGUUCCUUUCACACGAGUCCCUUUCGCGAGUCCCAUUCAAAGAAACGCCCGGCGCUUGAGCUCACUACUCGUCGGAUCAAAAUGAGCAGCUACACCAUCACCCUGAGUGGCCCCGCGCCAUGGGGCUUCAGGCUGCAGGGAGGCAAAGACUUCAACAUGCCCCUCGUCAUCUCCAGGAUCACACCAGGCAGCAAGGCAGCUACAGGCAACUUGACCCAGGGGGACAUUAUCUCAGCCAUCGAUGGGGUCAGCACAGAGGGCUUGAGCCACCUGGAGGCCCAGAACAAGAUCAAGAUAGCUACCACCAAACUCAACCUCACCAUGCAGAGGUCGAAACGUCCCGCCCCGGUUCCAACAGCCACCCCAAGAAUGGAGUCACCAAUGCCAGUUAUCGCACACCAGAAGAUCAUCGCCAACACACCAGCAAAUCCAUCAAACCAAGCGUAUGUCCCCAGCUUCAACCCAAUCGCGCUGAAGGACUCCGCCCUCUCCACCCACAAGCCCAUUGAGGUGAAAGGGCCCGGAGGCAAGGCCACCAUCGUCCACGCGCAGUACAACACCCCUAUCAGUAUGUACUCACAGGACGCCAUCAUGGACGCCAUUGCUGGCCAGGCACAGGCCAAAGGCAACGAGGGAAUGAGUGAUGAGGAGACAGCUCCUGGAUCUGGCUUUGCCACACUCCCUGUUAAAGACUCCCAGGUAGACAGUGCUUCCCCAGUGUACCAGGCCAAUAUUAAGCCAGAGGACAGGGACCCUAUGGAGAUGUCUGAGUGGGCCCGCCGUGCAGCCAACCUGCAGUCCAAGUCCUUCCGUAUGCUUGCCCAUCUCACAGGGACCGAAUACAUGCAAGACCCAGAUGAGGAAGCUCUGAGGAAAUCGAGGGAGAAGUUUGAGACCGAGGUGAAAGGCCCCCGAUUCGCUAAACUGAAGAACUGGCACACUGGCCUCUCUGCACAGAUCCUCAAUGUCCAGGAGUGAGCAGGACCUUCUGGCCGUCCCCAUGGCCAGACCCUGGCUGAGGCAGGGAGGGAGGGAGCGAGGGAGGGAGGAGAAGGACAGGUGGCGGAGGAGAGGAGCAAUCUAACUUACUGUCUGGGUUGUGAGUUGGACUGGUAGACUGUAGCCCAUAGGGGAACCGGCUCCCAUUCUGUGUGUGCUGUUCAUACUCCCAUGUGUCUCAUGCACUGCUCCACCUGUAGUGGCAGCUUUCACUUUCACUUGUUUUCACUUUUCGUAGAAUUGUUUGUUCGUUUGUUUGUUUUUGUUUUGCUUGUGCUGUUUCCUCCUGACAAUGAAAGUUAUUGUUGAUGUACAAAGACAAAGUCAGAAGGGGAAAUGCUGAAAAUGAUACUCUACACCUGUAACACAACUUUCUGACCUUCACACACACACCCUCACACUCACCACACACACACACACACUCACCACACACACACACACUCACACGACC